GCGCUGGGUUGGUCUUGUCUUCUCAGUCUUCCUAGGAAGCAAAAAUAGUUAGCAGUAUUUUCUUAGUCACGUUUCUUCCUCUGGACAGAGGUUGUACUGGGUCAUAUUUGAUUUUCUUUUGUCAGCUCCACCUUUCCUCCCUUCUCCCUUUUCCUCUUUUUGUUUUGUUUUAUUGCCCAAGUCCUUUUGUUGGAACAAGAACUCUGCAAUCAGAGAGCUGUAAAAGUUGACUUUGAUGGUCUGGGUUUGAGGGUCUGUACCCACUGACAGACACAAACCCUGUGGGUCAGCUCACUCUUGGAAAGAUGAGCACAUCCAAGCCCAGUGGGAUCAAAGCACCUAGCAAGAUAGCUAGGCCGCCUGGACCUGGAGCCGCCAAGACCGCUCCAAGCACAACUAAAGUUGCUGUUGCAGACAAAUCCGCUGUAAGUGCUGUUGGAGAAGAUAAAAAGAAUGCAGAGGAAAGCUUCCAGGUUGGGGAGCGAGUCUGGGUGAAUGGAAAUAAGCCCGGUUACAUACAGUUUCUCGGAGAGACACAGUUUGCCCCAGGACAGUGGGCAGGAAUCGUCCUCGAUGAGCCUAUUGGAAAGAACGAUGGAUCUGUGGCAGGAGUCCGCUACUUCCAGUGUGAAGCCCUCAAAGGAAUAUUUACCCGCCCUUCCAAGCUGUCCCGCACAGAGGGGGAGGCUAACGGGACUCAGACCGCACCACCCUCCCGCGCUGCGUCACCCACUCCUUCAAUUGGAAGCGUAGCCUCACACACACCUUCCAUUAAACCUGCAACAUCAUCAAGUGCUCUUGCAGCCAAGAAGGCCGCUUCUGCUCAGCCCGCAAGCAACCUCACGGGAACAAACAGUGAAUCCGUCUCCAACCUCUCCGAGGCCGGAUCAGUCAAGAAGGGGGAAAGGGAACUGAAGAUGGGGGACCGUGUGUUGGUGGGCGGUACAAAAGCAGGAGUGGUACGUUUCCUCGGAGAAACAGAUUUUGCCAAAGGUGAAUGGUGUGGUGUUGAACUUGAUGAACCUCUGGGAAAGAACGACGGAGCAGUGGCUGGCACUAGGUACUUUCAGUGCCAACCCAAGUACGGUUUAUUUGCUCCGGUUCACAAAGUCACACGCAUCGGCUUUCCCUCCACGACACCAGCCAAAGCAAAAACAACAGUGAGGAAAGUGGUGGCAACACCAUCAGGACUGAAGAGAAGCCCGAGUGCCUCAUCUGUCAGUACCAUGAGCUCAGUGGCAUCCUCUGUCAGUGCUAAACCCAGUCGAACAGGCCUGCUAACGGAGACAUCAUCAAGGUAUAAUCGAAAGAUCUCCGGCACCACCGCCCUGCAGGAGGCCUUAAAGGAGAAGCAACAACAUAUUGAACAGCUCAUGGCUGAAAGGGACAUGGAAAGAGCUGAGGUCGCUAAGGCCACAGGCCAUGUUGGAGAAAUGGAGCAAGAAAUCUCAUUGCUUAGAGAGGAACAAGAGCAGAUGGAAGCAAAAAUGGAUCAGCUGCGUGCCAUGGUUGAAGCUGCCGACAAAGAGAAGGUGGAGCUGCUUAAUCAGCUGGAGGAGGAGCAUAGGAAGGUGGAGGACCUUCUGUUUCGUGUUGAAGAAGCUUGCAUUACAAAGGGAGAUCUUGAGACGCAGACCAGACUGGAGCAUGCCCACAUUAAGGAGCUUGAACAGAGCCUUCUCUUUGAAAAGACCAAAGCUGAGAAACUCCAAAGAGAGUUAGAAGACACUAGGGUUGCCACUGUGUCUGAAAGAUCACGUAUAAUGGAGCUUGAAAGGGACCUGUCUUUACGAACCAGAGAGGUAGCCGACCUGCAGCUGCGCGUUGGGAUUCAGCAGAGCUCCGAAGGCUCUAAGCCUGAUCUCUCUCCUUUACUGGAAGAGAUAAAGUCACUCAGAGAUCAGCUGGCAGCUCAAGAAGCUAAAUGGAAAGAAGAUGUUGGGAAAUACAAAGAAAAGAUAGGUCAAGAGAAACUCCAUUCUGAAGCUCUUGCCCAGCUUCAAGCUGCAACGAUGAGGCUGUCUAGUGACAAAGAGCAGUUGGAGAUGCGUCUAAGCCAGGCUGAAAAGGAAAAUGCUGACUCUGUUGAGCUUUGGCGUUCCAAGUUGGAUUCUGCCAUUGCUUGUCAUCAACAAGCCAUGGAGGAACUGAAAGUGUCUUUGAGUAAAGGGUCAGAUGCCCAGACAGAAGAGCUUGUGGAAACCAAAAGUGCAUUAGAAAAGCUCAAGAUGCAGUACAUGUCCGCUCUUGAAGAGGCAGCUGCCAAACAUCAAGCUGCUACCUCAGCCUGGACUCAGGAGAUGGAGGAGCUGAAGACGCAGCUUUUUUCAUUAACCGAAGACAAGGAGCGGCUGGAGGAGACGCUGCGAUCCAGUAUCGAAAAAGUAGAAGAGCAGCAUCUUGUGGAGAUGGAAGAUGUUCUUGGAAAGCUUCAUGCUGCUGAAAUUAGGGUCAAAGAACUUGAGGAGAAAGAUGCAAGGCUGGCACAAGACACUCAAGACAAGGACAGAGAAACCAAAGAGCAAAUGGCAGAAAUGAAGGCUUUGCAGAGUCAACUGCAGAAAGCAAAUCAGGAGCUUGAAGGUCUGAAGAGCAAGUUAGAAGAUGUGCAGAAUCAUGGAAACAACCAGGUUAUCAAGGUUGGUGAAAUGAGCUCUCAGCUGGAGGAAAAACAGCAGGAAGUCCUCACUUUACAGCAGAGUCUUCUCACAGCAAAUCAGAAGAAUGAAACCCUGGAACAAGAGUUUGAAGCCCUGAAGCAGAAAUUGACAGACAGCACAGAUGAGAUGACUAAAUCUGCACAAAUUCUACACGAAAAACUUGAAAUUCUUCAUCAGAAGGAAAACGAGUGCACAUCAUUAACCACAGAACUGGAGUCGCACAGAAGCCAACUUGCUGGGAUGGAAAGGAAGUUGAGGGCUGGGGAUGAAAAGCUUGAGCAGCUUCUAAAGGACAAAAAUAAGCUAGAAAACGACAUUUCUGAGAUGAUGAAGGCAUCUGGUGACAGCUCUGUACAGUUGACGAAAAUGAAUGAAGACCUUAUGCAGAAAGAAAGGAGAUUGGAGGAAUUGCAGAAUCAGCUUGCAGAAGCGAAGGAGAAAGUUGCACAAGCGAAUGAAAUGCUCCAACAAGAACUAUCAAGUAAAGAGCAGCAGAUAAAAGAAACCAAAGAUGCACAUCUUAAUCAAAUAAGUAGUCUUCAGGAAAAGAUCACAACCAUGGAGAAAAAUUUGGCAGAGAAGGACGCUUUUGUUGUGGAGCUGAAGGCUUCCCAGGAGAAAUCCCUGACUCAAGCAUCAGCGCUUCAUGUGAAGGAGCUUGAGACGCUUCAAAGUCAGGUUGACAAAUUAAACCAGGAGCUUUCUUCCUCCAAGGAAAAAACGGAACACUUGAAGAAGAUGGUGUCUGACCUGCAGCCUUACAAAGAGAGGAGUCAGUGUCUUUCUGCUGAGCUUGAAUCCUGCAAGCAUGAUGUUGAUCGUUUGUCCGUAAAGGUGGAAAACCAGACCUUAGAUCUGGAAAAAAAACAAAAAGAGUUUCAGGAAAUCCAAACAGAAAAAGACGACCUGGAAAAACAGCUUUUAAAUGUGCAAACUAAGCUUUGUGCUCAUGAAAGUAGUUACAAAGAGCUUUUAGUACAGAAUGAAAAUCUGGUAGCAACCAGAGAUGAUCUUUUGAAAAUGCACGAGGAACUACUCACCAUAAAGAGGAACUCAAGUGAAGAGAUUAUUUCAAAGAAUCGGGAACUUGAGGAGCUCAAACUCGUUCUUCAGAAAGUGCAGACUGAAUGCAAAGAGCUUCAGGGUAGUAAAGCUGAACAAUUGGCCCAAAUUGAGGAGCUUCGAAUGCAAGAUGCAGAAAAAAAGGACUUUAUUUUAAAGCUUCAACAGGACAGCCAGCAAAGAGAAGCUAAAAAUAAGAAACUAAAUGAGGACUACGAAGAUGUCUGCAAAGAGAAGAAACAUCUCGAAGAGGCCCUUAGUGAAAACAAAUCCAAGUUCACAAAAGAAAUAGAAAAUGUAGUAUCUGAAAGAGAUGUUGCUAGAGACGCUCUGAAAUCUGUUGAUGCUAAAAAGGCUGAGAUGCAGGAAAAACUCAACACUCUUAACGUUGAAAAAGAAGAUCUUACAAUGAAGAACACUCAGCUCCAGACAUCCACAGAAAUUCUAACAAAAGAAAAAGAUGAGAUGGCUUCUCAAAUCAAAGCUUUUGGGUUGGACACUGACACUCUUAAGAUGGAGAAAGAGGAGCUUCAGAAAAAGCUCAGUCUCACAAAGAAAGACCUGGAGGGCUCUGUGCGUGAAUGUGAAGAACUCAGAGCUUCUAAGAAUGGCCUGGCCCAGAUGCUGGAGGAGCUCAAGACGAGCAGUAAAGUCACAGACUCUGAGAAACUUCAGCUUCUGCAGGAGAAAGAAGACCUGCUCUCAUUCCAAAGAAAAGUAUCUAACGAGAAAGAGGAGCUCCUCAGAGAGAUUCAGGAAUUAAAAGACAAGCUUGAGGUCACGACACACCACUUGUCAGAUUCUAAUGAGAAGUUUAAAGAAGUGGUAUCCUCUUUGGAGCAAGAGAAGCAAGCUUUCCUCCUCCAAAAUUCUGAAACUGAGAUGGCUUUGCAUGAUCUGAGAAAAGACAAGAUGAGCCUGGAGUCGGCUCUGGAGCAGCAGAAAAUGAAUUAUGAGUGUUUAGCUGUGGAGAAGAAAGAGCUGGAGGAGAAGCAGGCAAAGGAUCUCCGUGAGAAAAAUGAUCUUUCUCUUGAACGUGACAAGCUGGCUAAUGACAUCCAAACAGUCAGGGACCAACUAGAUGGGGUCAACAGAAUCAAUGCCGACCUUGUUCAGGACAAGUCCCAUUUAGCAGUAUUAAUGGAGGACAUCAAAAGCCGAAGAGAUGAGCUGGAAGCGGAGACGGCUGCUUUGAAACAGGAAAGGGCCGACCUACAUACGGAACUGCAGAAGCAUUUGUCUGAAGGCGAAAGUCUCCGAAAGGGCAACACUGAACUUGCAGAAAAGCAUACUAAGCUCAAAGAUGACCUAGAGAAAUCAGCUUCACAGGUAGAUGACCUUAAAAAAGAAAACUUGCAUCUUCAGUCGCUGCAGACAGAAGUCGACAGAAAACUGCAGCUGUUGCAGUCGGAGAACCAGGUUCUGAUUGAUGAGGUCCAGGAGUUCAAAAACCAGCUUAAAACAGUGUCUGAUGCCAAACGGUCUGUUGAAAAGCAGCUUCAGGCUGAAUCCAGUGAACGGAAAGAUGCCAUCUCUGUCAAAGACGGCCUUUCCAAGCAAAUUGAGGAGCUGCAGAUAACUUUGACUAAAGUCACAGAGGAAAGGGAAGCCAUCUCGUCCAACCUUAAGAAAGCAGACAAACAAAAGGAGUCUCUUAUGGUGGACAUUGAGGAUUUGAAAACGCAACUGAAGCAGCAAGAAGAAGAAAAGGAGAAUCUGACAAAAGAGAGAGAACAGCUCUUAUCUAAGCUUGAAGAGAUGGACCAAAAGAUAACUUUGCUCACCAAGAUGAAAGAGGACCUGUCAUCUGGAGAGAACAACUUCAAGCAGGAGAUUUUGACUCUUCGUACAGAUCAAGACAGCUGGCUCUCAGAGCGAUCUAGGUUGCAGGAAGAAGUGAAGAGUUUGAAAGAGAGUGUGAACCAACUAGAGGCUGAUAAUAAGAUUCAACAACAGGAAAGGGAAAGCCUAGAAAAACGGUGCAAAGAUGCUCUCUCAGAAGCAUCGGUUUCAGCUGCUAUGAAAGAAGACAUGUCCUCCAGCAUCUCCCGUCUCAGAGCGCAGCAGGAUGCCACGCAACAGGAAAGGGAUGAAGCCGCCCAGCAAGUCAGGGAGCUUGAGUCGCAACUAAAAAAUGCCAUUUCUAAACAGCUUGAGGCGACAGAGACCUCUGGUAAGACUACUGAGGCCCUGGAACAGCUCACUAAAGAGAAAGCAGUUUUGAUGAAGGAGAAGAGCGAAGCCCAGACUUUACUGGAGGAGAUCCGGAGCUCCAAACAGGAAAUGCAGACUCGGCUGGAAGCAAUUAUGAAAGAGAAUUCCAAAUGUAAAGAAGAUCUGAACUCAUCCAAAGAGCAACUUUCCACUGAAAUGGAAAGAACCAAGAGUCUAUCCCAGAAAAUUGAAGAACUUCAAGAAGAGGUUUCAGUCAAAUCAGAGUCCAUGCAAACGCUGCUAGUUGAAAACCAAAGGCUCAGUCAAGAGCUGAGCAGCAAUCACCACGAGCAGAAGGAUCUUGUAAAGCUGAAAAAAGAGCACUCAAAACUCACAAAAGACGUGGAAGAGUUGAAACGAAGCGAAAGCACUUUGAAGGAUCAGCUGAACAGAGAGAAAGCUGCCGUCAAACAGUCGCUCCAUGAAAACAGUGCCUUAAUUCUAGAGAAGGACCAACAUGUGGAAAACCUGAAGAAAGAACUGGAAGUAUUGCGUGGAGAAAGUGCCUCUGUGAAGACGUUGCACAGUACAGUUCAGUUCCUGGAGCGGGACAAAGCAAAUCUGAAGGAGCAAAUCCAGAGACUGGAGAAAGGCAUUACUGCUGGUCCCAACAAUGGUAGCAAAGACUCAGGUGAUGAUGUUUUGGACCAAAUGAGAGAGGAGAAGGAGAUUGCACAAAGUCAGGCAGCGAUUGAGUUCCUGAAUUCGGUCAUUGUUGACCUCCAGAGGAAAAAUGGGGAGCUUAAAGACAAACUGGAAAAACUGGCAGCCGCUGCCCUCAAUGGGAACAAUCCAAACGAAUUGGAUAACCAUGAUGGCCACGAAAAGCAGCCAGAGAAGAAGAAAGCCCCGCCAAGGCUGUUCUGUGACAUCUGUGACUGCUUCGACCUCCAUGACACCGAGGACUGUCCCACCCAAAUGCAGAUGCCCGACACCCCCCCACACACCGCCUACCACGGCAACAAGCACGAAGAGCGGCCGUACUGCGAUAUCUGUGAGGUCUUUGGCCACUGGACAGAGUCCUGCAACGAUGACCAGACCUUUUAAAGCCUUUACAAGCCUCAAACGCACAAUACGUAACUUUGCACAUCAUACUUGUUCUGCCGGGCUUUCGCUGUGUGUGUUCCGUGCUUCUCUGUCAUCCAUGCUUCCCUCAAGCGCUCUUAAAGAAGCCGCGUCUUCUGAAAAUCUUUCCAAAACUCCAGAACAACCCUGCAGAUGUUUGUAACUGUGAGUGUCUCUUUGGUUUGUGCGUGCGUGAGAUCAGCAACUUUAUCUGCAUCCUAUUCUGUUGGCAAAGCAUGUUGGGAGUUACAAAGAUGCUGUUUGAUCAGGAACAUGGUAAUCUAAAGAUGUAAAAUAUUUGAUAGGAAAGUUCUAAUCAGUUUGUGCAAAAAUUGGUGGAGAAUAAAUUAUUUUUUUAUGCCUUGAAGAAGUAUUUACGAUUUAAAAGGGUUUGACAAUGUUUGUAACUUUGUGGGGAGAUUAGCUUGGCCUCGUUUAGGGAGGCACAGCGAAACCCAGUGCUGCUUGGCUUUAAUGACAAACUUUUUUACGGUCUUCUUGAAGAACUUGCUGGAAUAUUUGUCGGAAAGAACACGGUUACUGAAAACUUCACAGUUCCAGUAAAAUUGCCUUUUUACAAAGUUUGUUCUUCAAAAAUGAUUUCUUUUUGAAACGAUGAAAUGUUUUCCCAUUUCUCUGAACACAUUUUGAAUAUAUAUGUACAAAAUAAAAGUUUAUUGAAUUAAAAAUA